AUCAUCAAACCACUACCACCAGUCUCACAAGCUUGAAGCACCUAUCAUCAUGCACAACUCAAACUUUCGGUGCACCUACGCCAGGAUAUUCUCAACAGUGCUUCUUUUCGGCUUGCCCAACAAGAACCAUGCUUUCAUGGAAACAUCUUCAUUCUUGGCUUGGUCCAACGCACCAGGUGCAUCUCUACAAGAGUUUUUCGGACAGGGAUUACCGGAUCGAGGGUUCCAAGCGGCCACUGACCAACUGACCUUUGCGUCGCGAUCCGAACCACUAUGUCCUACGGGUGCUUCGUCUCUAACGAUCUUCGACCUCUCAGAAUCCGACAAACGCUCGGAACUCAACAACGGAUUCCUUUCCUCUCAGACGAUCACUCAAGAGUUCAAUGCGCUCCCAGAACCUUCCAGGUUCUGGACUACUCAUUUCCCUAUCUCCUUGGCCGAUCGUUGGGUCGCUGAACUCCCGUCGAUCUGGUCUGGAUUGUGUCAUGGUCAAGUGUCGGUAAUUAAGGUCAAAACUGGCGAAGAUUUGGAUGCAGCAUUUCUUAAAGCAAGUCAAGAGGGUGAUCAACCGCGAUUAGUAAUCUUGACGACAUCGCCGCCUCCUCUGGAUGCGAGUAGUAGAUUGAUAGAAAGACGAGGCCUAUCAGAGAACAUCAGCAGCAGUAGUAAACCAAUAAGCUCUGAGGCCCUUCCAGACCCGAAGACGGGAGUAUUCUGGCGAUAUAACUUCCUUUCGGAUUACUUGAUCGUCGGCGUCCUCGUCCUCAUCUUGCUCUUCAUCCCUCCCGUCGUCUUGGGCGCCUUCGCUCUCCAAUCUAUUGAAUCCCCUAAAGGCUUGAAAUCUAAAAUGGUCGGUCAAGUCUCCGAAGUCAAAGGCAAUUGAUCCCGCUACAUAUCGUCCUCUUUUACUUGUGUAAAAUUAGCUCUCCUUGGUCUUAAUGUAAUUGAGCUCCCCCUUUCUUUUUGUUUUCAAAUAAAAUAUUACUAUACUGUUGGUUUUGAUCAGAUCUUUUUGUCGGGUUAGUUUAGUUUGACCACUUUUUUCAUGUUCCUUAAUGUCUCCAACAUCAACCCUUUUAGUUUUGGACCAAUUUUUCUCCUUCAACAAAAUAUAGAACUAA